AUGUCCGAAACAUGGAUCAUUGUCGAGUUUGGUGCACGAUGUCAACGCGCGUCAUUAAAUGAUCGUCUGAUAUCAACUUCAAAACUUUUGCAGUUGAUUAGUAAUCAUUUUGGUAUUAAGCUCGAUCAUAAAUCUCUAUAUACAUUACAAAUGUAUGAUAAAAGAUUUAACGAAUAUAUUUCACUUACUGAUGACAGGCAAAUAUUAGAUCUGUCUAAAGAUAGUGAACAAUUCUAUCGUUUUCGAAUUAUUAACAAAUCUUUUUCAUCGCAAAAAUAUCAUCUUUUGAAUAAUCUCCAAUCCACCAUGGGAAAUCUUCAGUGUGCAAACAGAGAUAUCGAUACGCUACAAAAACUUCUUGGUGAACUCAAGCAUAGUUCUGACACUCUCAAUCAAUUCAUGGAAACACAAUGUGUGCAAUCAUCUAUCAAUCAAUCUUCUUCUGCUUCGCCUUAUCUGAUAGAUCCUUCAACUAUGGAGAAACAUAUUGAAGUUGCAGAAGAACACAAUUUAGAUGAAGACAAUUUGGACAGUGUUUCAUGUUAUGAUAGCAGCUCGAUUUACAAUAAAUCUUCUUCGCCUGCAAUGCCAACUUUAAUAAAUUCGAAUAAGCAAAAACCAUCGAAAACUUUUAAUAAUAAUAAUAAUAAUAUUCAAACACGUAUUAUUCCCUGUAAAUAUGCUGUUAGAGGGAACUGUCGUUUGGGUGAUAAAUGUUUAUAUUUACAUGAUGAAGAGUGUAUUCAAUCGGCACGUGAAUGGGAGCGACGCUUGUAA